GGCAAGGCCGCCCCCUAGCGGGCCAGGCCGGCGCCGCAAGCGGUGACCGCCCCGCCGCCGCGCUCCCGGGAGGUGAACUCGGCGCCGCUUCUCAUGGCACCGGCAACUUCUGCACCCCGGGGCAGCCUCCGCGAGGGCCGCGUCCUCUCAGAGCCGCGCCGCGGCGAGGAGAAACCCCUGCCCAGCCACGGAGCGGAGCCGGAGGCUACACCUGAGAGCGCCGUGACAUCGCCCCUCCGCCCCUCCCGGCGGCCGCCGCCGCUCGGCACUGGACGGCGCCGCUGCGGGGAGGAGAGGGCAGCCCGGCCGCGAGGCUCCGCGGCUCCCGGGGCGGGAGAACCGACGGCAGCAGCGGCGCUCGGGGCGCUUUUCCGCCCGCUGGGAUAUUCCGCCGAGGCGGGCGCGGCGGCUUCACCUGGCGGGACUGAGCAUGCGCGCGGCGGCGGGGCACGCCGCCGAUUGGGAGCGCGAUGCAAGAGUAGGACGGAGCCGCCGGGCAGCCGCGACUUCGCCGAGAGCGCGCUGCCGCGCUGCCGGAGCGGGGGCGCCGCUCUCCAUGGGAUUUGAUGCUGCCGCUGCUGUCCCGGACCCUGCUCCCUGCGAGGAUCCAGCUCCCGCCGGGUUCUCCCGUUGGCCGGACGGUGUCUUCUCCGGAGCUGCGGGCUGCACGGAGCUGGGCAUGAGCGGGCGGGCGACGGGGGCCAGCCGUGCCCCGCUGCCACCUCGCCGGGGGCCGGGCGGAGGCAGCGGUGCCGCGCUCCCUGCCGCGCCGGGGCGGCGCUGCCCAGCCCUGCCCUGAGGGGCCGGGGGGAGCGGCGGGCGGCUCAGCCGUUGGCAGCCGCGCGGCGGGGCGGCCGUUGGACCGUUGGCGGGGGGCGAUGAGGGCGGCGGGGCGGCGGCGGCGGGGCGGCGGGGCGGGGCGGGGGCUCCGCGGGGCUCUCUAGGACGCUGGUGCCCCGCACACCCACCAUGGAUCUGCUGCUGGUGGUGAACACGAGCCUGGGCUCCCCCAACGAGUCCCUGGCGCUGUCCCCCUCGCCGUCCUCCUCGGCCCUCUUGCAGCCGCCUUCCCCCUACUCCCCGGCAGCCGUGGCCAGCCUGGCGGCGGUGGUGGGUUUCCUCAUCGUCUUCACCAUCGUGGGCAACGUGCUGGUGGUGAUAGCGGUGCUCACCAGCCGGGCGCUGAGAGCCCCCCAGAACCUGUUCCUGGUGUCCUUAGCCAGCGCAGACAUCCUGGUGGCUACUCUGGUCAUGCCUUUUUCCUUAGCCAACGAGCUUAUGAAUUACUGGUACUUCGGCAAGGCUUGGUGUAACAUUUACCUGGCACUGGACGUGCUCUUCUGCACCUCUUCCAUCGUCCACCUCUGCGCCAUCAGCCUCGACAGGUAUUGGUCGGUCACACAGGCAGUGGAGUACAACCUCAAACGGACCCCUCGGCGGAUCAAGGCCAUCAUCCUCACCGUUUGGCUCAUUUCAGCUGUCAUCUCUUUCCCACCAUUGAUCUCCAUGUACCGGGACCCUGAAGGAGAUGUCUUUCCCCAGUGCAAGCUCAAUGACGAGACAUGGUACAUCCUUUCUUCUUGCAUUGGCUCUUUCUUUGCCCCCUGCCUCAUCAUGGUGUUGGUCUACAUCCGCAUCUACCGCGUGGCCAAGCUAAGGACCAGGACCCUCUCUGAGAAGCGUACGAUGCCAGAGGGGUCCUCCCAGACUGAGAACGGCUUGAGCCGUGCUGCUGGGGGCUGCACAUCCCUGAGGAUGCAGCUGGGAGAGAAUGGACAUUAUUCAAUGCACCACUGGCGCAAAGCCUCUGAGCUAGAGGACAUUGAGUUGGAGGAGAGCAGCACCUCAGAGAGCAGACGGAGGCGGAGCCGGGAGGAGCAUCCCCGCAAAAGCAGCAAGAGCCGGUCCUUCUCCUACUCAUACUCCUCCAAACACUCCAGUAGCCGUCUGUCCCGCUCUAGCAAUCGCUCCAUGCAGUUCUUCUCAUAUCGCCGUCGUCGGAAGCGUAGCAGCAUCUGCCGUAAGAAAGUCACCCAGGCCCGGGAGAAACGCUUCACUUUUGUGCUGGCCGUGGUCAUGGGGGUCUUUGUAGUUUGCUGGUUCCCUUUCUUCUUCAGCUACAGUCUCUAUGGUAUUUGCCGGGAGGCUUGUGAGGUCCCUGAGACACUCUUCAAGUUCUUCUUCUGGAUUGGGUAUUGCAAUAGCUCCCUCAACCCAGUCAUCUACACCAUCUUCAACCAGGACUUCCGCAGGUCCUUUAAACACAUUCUCUUUAAGAAGAAGAAGAAGAACUUCCGGCACUGAGCUGAAGGGAUGGAUUUGUCUUGGGCAGUUGUAGAGUUAAAAGAGGAGAAGGCUCUAUGCUGAAAAAGUAGGCAGGGAAGAGAACAUGGAUUUGGGCUUAGAGGGAUGGAAGAGGGCUCACACUCUCAGUGGAGCAGAGUGGUCGUACGGGGCAUGGGGAUGGCGUUGGGGAGGCUGAGGGUAUUCACCGUGGUACAGAAUGGCAACAUGGUGCUGGAGGAGUGAUGCUGAAGUGCAGAUGGGUAAAUGGGGAGGAGAGUGAUGUCUUUGAACCCUGACGGAGGGCAUGAGGAGUCCACAGAGGAAAACAGACACUGAUUUUGGGAGGCAGUGAGCUUUUAUGAGCUCUGGAAUUUUGUGGGGGAAAAAAAGCAGAGACAUAAAGAGAAAAGGACUAAGGGGCACUGGUGGUGGAGAUUUGAGUAUUUCUAAAUAGAGUAGCUGGGGCCUGUGGUAGGCUUGUCCCAGUAAGAAAUGGGCUUUUACUACUUAUGUGGGGAAAGAAAGUGCAAAGUACCAGGCACUGACAGUCUUUUGACUUACGAAAGGAUUUAAAUGUUUGCCAAAAAAAAAAAACCCUAAAGAACAAUCCAAACUCUUUUCUAAAUAAACCUUUGUACUGUUAAAACCUUCUGAAUGAUGAUUUUACACAGGGCUUAAGUCAAAUAGAAAGCAUGGGGUUUCUUUUUCUUUGGAGGGGUCUUUGCAUAUAGAGCUAGAUGGUAAAUGCUUUUCCUGUCUUCCCAUAAGUUUUGAUUUAUUAGUGGAACAAAUCUGGGAGUCUGGCAUGUUUUCAUGAAAUAUGAAAAAGAGCACAUGCACCCCAUGACCUUAUUUCCCCUGUUGGAUAGCCAGGCAGUAAAUUCCUGCUCCAUCCCUUUCAGAUGAGUAGCAUAAGCACUUUGCUGUCCUCAGCAGGUAGCUUGUCUGGACACAAGGGUUGUCUUAAACCAACUUCCACGGGGAAAAAAAUUAUUCUGGUGAACUCAACUAAUGUUUUCAGACUUGAAAGAAAAAAAUCAAAUAGCCAACCAGCUCGAUUUACACAUGCCCUGGGGAACUUUUUUCCCCUCUUUUCAGGUCCCCUUCAAAAGGCUUUUCUCAGGGGCCUGAUGUGUGCUGCUCUCAUGCUGAGGCAGUUGGAGGCAGUCUGCUAUGCAGAUUUUCAGAGGAAGAGCAAUCACCACACCACUAAGGUCUUUAAAUCCUCCGUAUUUACAGUCUUGGAGCAACUAAAUCCUAUAUAUUUAUUUUUUUAAUGAGAAGCAUACAUUGCAGAUUGUUAGCAGUGUAUGUGAACAAAUCUCAAGGUGCAGCUGUUCCAAACCCUAAAUAUUAAUGCUGCUUUCUUUCCCUUUUCCUGUUUGCAUUUCUAGUUUAUGAUUUUAGAGGAUUUUGUUGGGUGGAGAGGAGGGGAGAGGGGAAAAGAGUUUGAAUAGUUAUUAAAGUGAACUGUGUUUCCCAUGGGUUUAUAAAAUGUCAGACGUUGUAAUGAAGAGAAUGAGAGUCAGGGCUGAUGUCUGUACGUUUGCCACUGAAUGCACACUGAGUGUAAGAUCCUGUUGAACAUUUACAUCCCUUCUCCAGCUGUGUUGCUCCAAGGUGUGUGUUCUGUUUGCGAGGUAAAUACUGGUCCAUUUUAUGUGUGUCACUCCUUCCAUAGGCAGCAGGUUUUGGUAUUUGUCUCAAAUGAACCUUUCCGUAGUAAACAGCCCUUUUGAAAAAUACAACAAAAACUAAUCUCAUGUGGCAGGCUUCUUGAAACAGCUAAAUUGAAUCUAUACCUGUGAAUCUUUAGAUAUUCCUUCUUUACUCUCUCUGUUCUGUCUGAAAGAUGUCUGUAGCCUCUCUUCUCUUGAAAUCUCUAUGGCAUAAGGACAAAUGAUAGAGCAGUCACAUUGUUUCAUUGGUUUUUCAUAAUAAGCAUUUGGUUCACUUAACCCUGGAAAAGGAGAUUGUUGGUGGCUAAGAUUCCAGUGUUAAUUCAAUAGACAAUUUAACUUCAGGGCCAACAAGAGUGGGAGUUCUGCUGGAGUAAGGAUUGGAUGAUUGCACCAAAUGUAUUAGAAGUUUGCUUGAUUUCACGAAAGAAACAACUGAGACAUUUUCCAAGUCCUAAGUCUAUAACUUAUUGGAUCCUUUCUUGAAAUAAGGCUUGGAGUUGUGAGAAGAUUUGAGCUUUGUUUGAACAUCUGCACUUAAAGAUGGUAAGACUUGUUUUCAGGAGCAUCCCUUUGUAAAUAACAAAAGGUUUGGUACAAGUAUGUACCUGAGACAGAUACCUGAGAAAAAAAUAGCAACUGAGUGGAGGAAAUUACAAGCCAUUUUCUCUUUUGCAAAACAGGGAAUUCUUUUCAAAGUUACAUCAAGAAGAGCUGAAACAAGCUCAUAUUAUUGUAGGUAAUGAUGUAGCUAAAAAUUUCAGGUUUGUUUAAUCUGAAAAAUCUAUAUAAUUGCCAGAACAACCAAAGCAAGUUACGGUACAUAGCUGCUACCUCUGAGCUACUGGACAGCUUUGUUAGAGAUAUCCGUUUCUACAAAGACGAAGGUCUGCUUUUGUCACUUCACGUUCAGAGUGUCACUUCAGAGUGCUUUCCCAGUCUGCAGACACACAGCAGUUUCACUAUUGCACUGCUUUUAAAAUGAGAUUUGUUGCCUGUAAACACAGUCCUUCCCCUUUGUUUUUCCUUGUAAAUUCAAGGAGUCUAUGGAAAUGAAGUUUAAUUGACAGUCAGAUUUUAGUGGAGGUGAAGUAUAUGUGGAAUGACUGAUGUGCCUUAAAAGUAAUUUCUUUGCUAUAAAAUUAUUCUGUGGUCAUUAUAAACAUAAAGGAAAUAAUGCUUCUUUUUUUGUUUUGCAUUUCCAAAUGUCUAAAAGGGAUUGAUGCAGAUACUGAAUAUCUGUGUGCAGCAGCAGACUUAAAACCAGGACAUUUUCUAUUUUAUUUUUCAUCACAGUUACUCAACUGAUUCAAUGUCUCAAGAAGAUUUGAUUUCUUUUGAGCUAGAUAAAAAAUAAUAUUCAUCAGUAAAGAUGUGCAGUAUACAGCCAUUUUGAGUGCAUUUCCCUCUUAAUUAGCGAAUACAGAGGAUUUCUAUUAAAAAAUGUUUUUAAUGUAACAACUGAAUAUGCUUCAAGGAAGUAAAAUGGGGCUGAUUUAUUUUUUUAAUUACAGUGUUCUCUUAUUACUUGUAAUAGCUGAAGACUGGAAUCUGUUUGUAACGUAUGUGCAGUGUUAACUUUUUAUAAAAAGUUAUUAGCUCUGCUACUCACACUGUGGUUGUGCUUCCACUGUAAGUUGGCUAACAGCAUAUACGGGAAAAAGAUACUCAAUGCAGCUUUUGCUUAAGAAAAAAGGAGAAGAUAUUUUAUGUUUUGAAUGUGUCUAGUUGUGUCUUUGAUCAUAUCUGAUGAACUGGUUGAAACACUCUUUACUGUUGUGGAAGAAUGAAAUGUUACUAUGAAGACGUAUUGAAUUUAACAACAGGCACUUGAUCUUUAAUUCUGCAUUUGCUCAUUUCACCAUGAAAAAAAAAAAAUUCUGUCAAUCUAAAAUGAGAACUUAAUGUUUUAUUUUCAAAACCAAAUUGUUGAACUGUACCAUUAUUGGUUGGUUAUUGAAAUAUCAAACAGUACAACAAGGAUGAGACCUCAGUGCUGCCGUUCUUCAGCCCUCUUCUGUAGGAGUUUUUCAUGAGUGAGAACUGCAGAAUCAGCCCUCUUCAAGGCUUGGGGCAAAUGGAAGGGGCCUUAUAUAUAGAAGAUUUGCCAGGGUUACAGCUUUAAAUCAUUGUCUAAACUAAGAAUCAGGUCCUUGUUCUAUGUGGUCUUUCAUAAGAAGAGUCAUAUGGCUCUAAGAACCCUAGCAAAUUCUGAAUAUUAGGCCUGAGAUUAAAGACUAUGUGUGAGCAGGCUUGCCCACAUUGAGCUAUAUAACCCUUUAUGAGUAAUCCCAGUAAACUCCAGCAGAGUUUACUUGUGAAUGAGGGAACAACUCAGUGUGGGCAUGUAUGUUAGAAGCCUCCUCAGACAUUGCCUCUUUUUCAGUAAAUGUGCCUGAGGAAUGUAUGCAAACAUUUUUGCGUAAAUGUACAAGAACUGACAGAAAGCAAUCCUCCCUGCUUAACUUUGACUGUCAUUGAAACCCAUAGAAUGUGUGGGUUAAGGGUUUUCUGACUAUAAACCAAGCAACAAACCCUACUGUGCAUUUUCAGUAUAAACUGUGUGAAGAGCAUUAUCCGAUUCCAUCUGUUUUUCAGAGAAGAAAACUGUUGGUCUCUUUCUUGGUCUGGCGAAGUUGGUAUUGCUUUGAACGGCAUCUGAAAAGUGUAAGGAAAGUGUAGGAAAUAUCAGUAGCGACAUACAGUUCAGGAGAACAUUCUAACCUUAAACUAUAACUACAGUCAAGAAGGCGAGAAUACUGACAAGCUGUGCAAAAUGAAGGCCAGAUGCUAUCUGAGUUUGUUUUUAUAUUGCUCAUUGUGACCUUGCUGGUGAGCAGAAGACAGCUAGAUGCUUCAGAGAAAAAGCUGUAAUUUGGAAGGGGGGCAGAGUGUAAGGAGGUGACUACCCACAAUACUGGAAGAAUUAAUAUUUACUUACCUUAUUUGCAGUGUAGUCAAGUACACUGGAGGAAUUUGCCUUCUUCGUUGCAAAAUAGCAAAUGUUAAUUUGCUUUCCAGAUCUGUGGGUCAACUAGGCCAAACAAAAGAUGACACAGGAGAAGGUAGGGGUAGGGUAUUGCUCACUUCAGUGUUCAAUACCAAGCUUAAGUGUGGCUUGAAUUUAAGCCAAAAACACGGUUUGGUGCUUGGACCCAGAAGGGCAUCACUAAUGCUACACUGCAUAUAGUCUAGUUUUAGCAAAAAGCAUCAGUUUGUAUUAUACACCCUGCACAUCUCCAUUUCAGGACAGAAAUGGGAGAAUCUGACACUUAUAACAUGUGAGAAACAAGUAAUCAGUAGUUUGAAUGGUCCUGGGUUAUUGCGGAAUUUCUCUAGAUCUUGUUCGGAUAACUGAGCUGGCUUUAGUUUUGUGACUUCCCAAUCACUUUGACCUCCUAAGAAAAACUUAGGGAGGUACAGAACAUGGAAGCACUAGAAAUACUGCUUCUCAAGGAAGCAAAAACUGUCAAUUUGCUCGGAGAGUCAGCAUUCAGAUGGUUAUACCAGAUGUCCAGUCUUUCAGUGGUUGGAUAACUCUUCUACUGGUUUAGUAGGAGGAACUGGUGUAUCUUCCACUCACAGAGACUGUCAUGCUCAGUCUGAAUUUAGGUGAUACCUGCAGUUGGUACAUUGCCUUUGUUUGAAGUGGCAGCCCUUAGGGUAUGACAGGAGACAUUCUGAGUAGUUUAUCUCUUCUCUGGCACAUGUCCUUCACUACACCAUCCCAAACAUUUUUUAAUUCAACUGCACAACAGUUGAUAAGGCAGAAAAAGAUUGCCAAUACCUUACAGAAAAAAAAGAAACAGAGGCAUGGAAAAUACCAGGAAUUGAAACCUGGUGUCUUAGUCCUAGCCUUACAACUUACUGUUAUACCAGUCUUCCUUUCCAUCACUUCCCCCUCCCUUUUUUUUUCUUUUGGAAAACAGAAAUUCGUGCAAAGUUGCAGAAGCUUAUUUUUAAUA